CCACGAAGCCCUACUCCCAGUAAAAGCCCUUUUGUUUUUUUUGACCCUAAAUUUCUUCUUCUCAAAAAACUAAUUCACCUUCGAAGCUUCUCCAGGAAUCAAUCAAAGCUCCUAUACAGGAGCCCCUCUCUCUCUGUCCCGCUUAAUUUUACAAUCGCCCAACAAUGAGCGGAGAUAAUCGGAGACGGGAUCGAAAGGACUCGCGGUGGUCGAAGAAGCCGAGAGUAGUGAACACUGCAGAAGAUGAACUCGAAUCUAAACUCGGAUUUGGGCUUUUCUCCGAAGGUGAAACGCGACUUGGGUGGCUACUCACAUUCGCAUCGUCAUCUUGGGAAGAUCGAGAUACUGGGAAAGUCUAUAGUUGCGUGGACCUUUACUUUGUUACUCAGGACGGGUUUUCUUUCAAGACAAAGUACAAGUUCCGCCCUUACUUCUAUUUAGCCACUAAGGACAGUUUGGAAUUGGAAGUUGAAGCCUACUUGAGACGCCGAUAUGAAAGACAGGUUGCUGGCAUUGAGAUUGUUGAUAAAGAGGAUCUUGAUCUUAAAAAUCAUUUAUCUGGCCUGCAAAAAAAAUAUUUGAAAGUAUCAUUUGAUACUGUGCAACAAUUGAUGGAAGUCAAGAGGGAUCUGUUGCAUAUCGUCGAACGAAACCAGGCUAAAUUUGAUGCACUUGAAGCUUACGAAUCCAUAUUGGCUGGAAAACGAGAACAACACCCUCAAGAUUGCUUAGACUCUAUUGUGGACAUCCGCGAGUACGAUGUCCCUUAUCAUGUUCGAUUUGCAAUUGAUAAUGAUGUAAGGAGUGGGCAAUGGUACAAUGUCAGUAUUUCCAGCACCGAUGUCAUACUGGAGAAGAGGUCAGAUCUUCUUCAACGCGCAGAAGUCCGUGUUUGUGCAUUCGAUAUAGAGACAACAAAGCUUCCGUUGAAGUUUCCGGAUGCUGAAUAUGAUCAAAUUAUGAUGAUAUCCUACAUGGUUGAUGGCCAAGGUUUUCUAAUUACUAACAGAGAGUGUGUUGGGGAAGACAUAGAAGAUCUGGAAUAUACACCCAAACCAGAAUUUGAAGGCUAUUUCAAAGUCACUAAUGUUAAAGACGAGGUUGAACUCCUCCAAAAAUGGUUUUCUCAUAUGCAAGAGUUGAAACCUGGUAUUUAUGUUACAUACAACGGAGACUUUUUUGACUGGCCAUUUAUAGAACGAAGAGCAUCUCAUCAUUCAAUCAAAAUGAAUGAGGAAUUGGGAUUCCGUUGUGAUCUUAAUCAAGGAGAAUGCCGAGCUAAAUUUGCUUGCCAUUUGGAUUGUUUUGCUUGGGUAAAACGUGAUAGCUAUCUUCCUCAGGGAAGCCAUGGUCUGAAGGCUGUUACAAAGGCCAAACUAGGGUAUGAUCCACUGGAAGUGAACCCAGAGGACAUGGUUCGGUUUGCGCAGGAAAAGCCACAGGCUGUUACAAAGGCCAAACUAGGGUAUGAUCCACUGGAAGUGAACCCAGAGGACAUGGUUCGGUUUGCGCAGGAAAAGCCACAGUACACAACAUUAAGAAGCGGACAUAGGUUUCAAGCAAUUAAUUGGUCUAAACUGUUAGAUUUCUCUAGUCUAUGCUGUAGUGCUUGCAAGACAAUGGCCUCCUACUCAGUCUCCGAUGCCGUUGCAACUUAUUACCUAUACAUGACAUAUGUCAAUCCGUUCAUUUUCUCUCUCGCAACUAUCAUUCCAAUGGUCCCUGAUGAGGUUUUACGCAAAGGGAGUGGCACCCUUUGUGAAAUGCUUCUGAUGGUUGAGGCUUACAAGGCAAAUGUUGUAUGUCCCAACAAAAAUCAAGCUGACCCUGAGAAAUUCUACCAAAAUCAACUUCUUGAAAGUGAGACAUAUAUUGGUGGUCACGUAGAGUGCCUCGAAAGUGGUGUUUUCAGAUCUGAUAUUCCUACCAGUUUUAAGCUUGAUUCGUCGGCAUACCAGCAACUGAUUGAUAACCUUGGUCGGGAUCUGGAAUAUGCUAUCACUGUAGAAGGGAAAAUGAGAAUGGAUUCAAUUUCCAAUUAUGAUGAAGUGAAGGACGAAAUCAAGAAAAAGACAAUGGCCUCCUACUCAGUCUCCGAUGCCGUUGCAACUUAUUACCUAUACAUGACAUAUGUCAAUCCGUUCAUUUUUUCUCUCGCAACUAUCAUUCCAAUGGUCCCUGAUGAGGUUUUACGCAAAGGGAGUGGCACCCUUUGUGAAAUGCUUCUGAUGGUUCAGGCUUACAAGGCAAAUGUUGUAUGUCCCAACAAAAAUCAAGCUGACCCUGAGAAAUUCUACCAAAAUCAACUUCUUGAAAGUGAGACAUAUAUUGGUGGUCACGUAGAGUGCCUCGAAAGUGGUGUUUUCAGAUCUGAUAUUCCUACCAGUUUUAAGCUUGAUUCGUCGGCAUACCAGCAACUGAUUGAUAACCUUGGUCGGGAUCUGGAAUAUGCUAUCACUGUAGAAGGGAAAAUGAGAAUGGAUUCAAUUUCCAAUUAUGAUGAAGUGAAGGACGAAAUCAAGAAAAAGCUCGAGAAGUUACGAGAUGACCCUAUACGUGAAGAAGGGCCUCUUAUUUAUCACCUCGACGUUGCAGCGAUGUAUCCAAAUAUCAUUUUAACAAGCAGGCUUCAGCCACCAUCAAUAGUUACGGAUGAGGUCUGCACAGCAUGUGACUUCAACCGCCCAGGAAAGACUUGUCUUAGAAAACUUGAAUGGGUUUGGCGUGGGGUGACAUUCAUGGGAAAGAAAAGUGAUUAUUACCAUUUGAAAAAACAGAUUGAGUCUGAAUUUGUUGAUACUGGUGCAAAUAUUCAGUCUUCAAAAUCAUUCCUUGAUUUGCCAAAGGUGGAACAACAAACCAAGCUAAAAGAACGUCUUAAAAAAUAUUGUCAAAAGGCAUAUAAACGAGUACUUGACAAGCCAAUCACUGAAGUUCGUGAGGCUGGGAUAUGCAUGAGAGAAAACCCUUUCUAUGUAGACACUGUUCGGAGCUUUCGAGAUAGGAGGUAUGAAUACAAAACACUUAACAAGGUCUGGAAGGGAAAGUUGUCCGAGGCCAAGGCAAGUGGUAAUUCAAUCAAGAUCCAGGAAGCACAGGAUAUGGUAGUGGUUUACGAUUCCUUGCAGCUAGCUCAUAAGUGUAUACUUAAUUCCUUCUAUGGAUAUGUCAUGCGAAAGGGUGCAAGAUGGUACUCCAUGGAAAUGGCUGGUGUAGUUACCUAUACUGGAGCCAAAAUCAUCCAGAAUGCCCGUUUGCUUAUUGAUCGAAUCGGGAAACCACUUGAGUUGGAUACAGAUGGUAUAUGGUGUUGUCUCCCUGGAUCUUUUCCUGAGAACUUUACUUUUAAAACGAUGGACAUGAAGAAACUCACAAUCUCUUAUCCAUGUGUAAUGCUUAAUGUUGAUGUGGCAAAGAAUAAUACAAAUGAUCAAUAUCAGACUCUUGAAGAUCCUGUACGCAAGACAUAUAAGUCUCAUAGUGAAUGCUCAAUUGAAUUUGAAGUGGAUGGACCGUACAAGGCAAUGAUUAUUCCUGCAUCGAAAGAGGAAGGAAUCUUAAUUAAGAAGCGUUAUGCUGUUUUCAAUCAUGACGGAACCUUAGCAGAACUCAAGGGUUUUGAGAUCAAGCGUAGAGGGGAGCUGAAACUCAUUAAAGUUUUCCAGGCCGAGCUUUUUGACAAAUUUCUCCAUGGAUCAACUCUUAAAGAGUGCUAUUCUGCUGUUGCAGCCGUCGCAAAUCGGUGGCUUGACCUACUCGAUAAUCAAGGAAAAGAUAUUGCCGAUAGUGAAUUGCUAGAUUAUAUAUCAGAGUCAAGCACAAUGAGCAAAUCGUUAGCAGAUUAUGGUGAGCAAAAGUCAUGUGCAGUGACCACAGCAAAACGCCUGGCUGAAUUUCUUGGUGAUUCAAUGGUCAAAGAUAAAGGACUUCGUUGCCAAUACAUUGUUGCUUGUGAGCCAAAGGGCACACCUGUUAGCGAACGGGCUGUUCCUGUUGCUAUAUUUGAAACAACGAAACCGGGAAUUAUGAAGUAUUAUCUGCGAAAAUGGUGCAAGACAUCAUCAGACGUCGGAAUCCGUUUAAUUAUUGACUGGUCGUAUUAUAAGCAGCGCCUUAGUUCAGCUAUCCAAAAAGUUAUUACCAUUCCUGCUGCAAUGCAGAAGGUGGAAAAUCCUGUGCCUAGGGUGAAUCAUCCUGAUUGGCUCCAUAAAAAGGUUCGUGAGAAAGAGGACAAAUUUCGCCAGAGAAAACUAGUUGAUAUGUUCAGUUCAGCAAACAAAGACGGUGUGCCGGACACAGAUCAUUUGGUGACUGAAGAUAAUAUGGGAGAUAUUGAGGAUUUUUGCAAAGAAAACAGGCCUUCCGUGAAAGGGCCAAAGCCAAUUGCACGUUCUUUUGAAGUACAAAAAAAGAUGACUGAACACGAGCAGAAAGAGAGCUGGGGUCCAGAGUUCCAUGAUAUCUCAUUACAGAACAUUGACAAGAACGUAAAUUACCAAGGAUGGCUUGAGCUGAAAAAGAGAAAAUGGAAAGUGACAUUAGAGAAGAAGAAAAAACGAAGGUUGGGUGAUCUAAGAUCUUCAAAUCAGAUUGAUGCUCACGAGAUAAAUCAAAAAGUUGGUCUGGGAGGAGGAGGUGUAGGUGUAGGUUCAUACUUUAGGAGGCCUGAAGAAGCCUUGACUAGUUCACAUUGGCAGAUAAUACAACUGGUCCCAAGUCCACAGAGUGGGCAAUUUUUCGCCUGGGUGGUUGUGAAAGGAUUGAUGCUUAAGAUCCCAUUGACAAUCCCAAGGGUGUAUUACAUUAAUUCCAAAGCUCCUACAGUUGAAAAAUUCCCGGGAAAGUGUGUCAACAAAAUUCUUCCUCAUGGAAGGCCUUGUUAUAAUUUGAUUGAGGUUAAAAUUCAGGAAGAUCAAUUUAAAAAAGAAAGCAAAAUGCGUGCAGCUCUUCUUGCCAACCCUGAAAUUGAGGGCAUAUAUGAAACUAAGGUGCCUCUGGAGUUUAGUGCUAUAUGUCAAAUUGGAUGUGUAUGCGAAAUUGAUAACACAGCUAAGCACCGUAAUAUCCAAGAUGGAUGGAAAAUUGGUGAACUUCAUAUGAAAACUACAACUGAGUGUCGCUACUUGGACCGUUCAAUUCCACUUGUAUACUUGUAUAACAGCACCUCUACAGGGCGUGCUAUAUAUGUUUUAUAUUGUCAUGCAUCGAAGCGUAUGUCUGCCGUGGUAGUUGAUCCUUUUAGUAGCAAGGAAUUAUUACCAUCUCCCCUAGAGAGACAGUUUAGAGAUAGUUGCCAAGAAUUUUCAAUUGACUCAUUGUCUUGGGGUAGUAUCCUUUUCCAGGUCGACUAUGUUGACUAUCCUGAAGCUGCCAAGAAUAUUAUACAGAAAGCAAUAAGUGAAUACAGAGAAGAAAAUAGUGGACCGACUGUUGCUGUCAUCGAAUGCCCUGACUUUAACUCCAUGAAGGAAGGUAUUAAGGCCCUGGAUGAUUUUCCAUGUAUGAGGAUUCCCUUCAACGGCGAUGACAAUAGUUAUCAGCCUGUCUCCUGGCAACGUCCAGCAGCAAAAAUAGCAAUGUUCCGUUGUGCUGCAGCAUUUCAGUGGUUGGAUCGGAGGAUUGCCCAAUCAAGAUACGCCCAUGUGCCUCUGGGGAAUUUUGGACUUGAUUGGCUAACAUUCACAAUAGAUAUCUUCAUGUCCAGGGCACUCCGUGGCCAGCAACAGGUCCUUUGGGUGUCAGAUAAUGGUGUUCCAGACCUUGGAGGUAUAAACAAUGAAGAGACAUUCUUUGCUGAUGAGGUACGUAAUCAAAUGGGUUAA